AUGAGCACGGAGGUGGAGGAAGGGAUGCGGGCGCUGCGAGGGAUGAGACAGACGCUGUUCUCGGGUCAGAGAGGAGAGCUGGAUGACAUCGCUGAGAGAGGAGGAGGAGGAGGAGGAGGAGAAAGAAACAAGUUCGAAGAGGAGGAGAAAAAGUCCAGGUAUACCCUCGAUGACUACUCGCCCCCGCUUGGAGGAGACGAUGCUUCCAUUUCCAUCCAGACGGCAUGGAGGGCUCACUUUGCAAGGAAAGCAGCGAGAGAGUCAAAGUUUUUCAUCGCACAGUCCAUCAACUCUUCGCUGCUGCUUCCCAUGCGAGGAAAGGAGGCGUUGGACAGAUGUGAGACUCGAGACAUCAAUUUUCAUCAUGAGGUGCUUGUCCACCAUGUCCAGGAGCUUCGGCGGUCAGUGGAGAAGAAGUUUGGAGGGCUGGAAGACUUGAAGCAAGCGAACUUGUCUAGCGACAGUCUCGAGUGGGAAGGGCAUCCCUCUAGAGGAGGUCAUGAUCCAGUAUCAACACCGUCCAACCACCUGCCUCCCUCGGAAGAGAUUGAGAUGAACAGAAUGCACAUCUCUAUCAGCGUCUGCCUCACUCCCCUCUGCCCUUUCUGGGUGUCUCAGCCCUGCCCCGACGUGUGGAGUAAGAGGCUGCACAACCUUACCAUUAAGUUUCCCCGAUUCACCGAGUUGAUCAGUGCAGGAGAGCUGUAUGGAGCGCUGCAGAUCCUGCUAGACGACUUCCUCCUUGCGCUUCAGACUGGCAACUCAACAAGGUCGCUGGCCCUCAGCAUCUCCCUUGCAAGCGAGUACAUAGCAAGGAUGAUGAUAGCAAGCGGACGACCGCACGAAGCGGUCGACACUCUUAACUCUAUCCUCAACCUCAUCCACAACAGAUCCGGGCUGAUGACCUGCCCAGGGCAUCACCUGAUCAAGGGGAUGCUAUAUGAUGUGAUCAGCCAAUCCUAUUUCGCGCAGAAUCAGAUGAUCUCCGCGUUGUACUUCUCUGAGAAGGUCCGGGAGCAUGCCACGGAGGUCCUGAGGGAAAUUUUCCACGACCUCGUCAGCAUCUGGGUCGGUCACGAGGCGGUUAUCCUCUUCAACCUGGGGUUCACUGAGGAUGCAUUGGACGCGUGCGAAAGGUCCUCCCGUGUCAACUCGCAUACUCCCGCGUGUUCGGACACCUCCUCCGUCUCAUCCGCCAAGUCUUUGAUGCACGGAAGCAGACUGUCACGAUCCAAAUCUCCGAUGGGGAUGCAGAGCAAGAGGCUAAGACCGCUGGGAAAGAAGGGCCAGACGAACGUCUCGUUGCGAUCGUCGUCUCAGGACAGCCUCCCAAGCCUUGCAGGCUCACAUUCGAGGAGCUCCAUGGCAGGAGACGCCGCAUCGGUUCGAAGUCGCCCCGUGCUCGAUGAAAGCUCUCCUGAGCUGACGUCCAGCUCGAGUCUCCUCAGUCUAAUGGCCCAUGGCUUCCCGGGCCAGUCAAGAUUCUUCCGGAGCAACGCGAAGGCUGUGCACUGCUUCAACGUCGUCGUCUUGAAUCUUCACGCUUUCUAUGUCAGCAAGGCAGAAAAGGGUCUCCAUCAAGCUCAGAAGCAUCUCGAGAUUUUAAACAACCGGAGCUUUUCGGAUGAUGGCGAGGAGAUUGAAAGAUUUGUGAAUUUACUGAGCGAAAUGCUUGUGUGUCUCAAAAAGGUCAGAAUCUCUUCUGACGGAAGCUGGUGGAAGAGACUGCAAGAGCGGCUUCGAUCUUCACAGGGCUCUCUCAGUGGCUUGCGGAAGGACGGAGCCAACGCUCUUGCAAGGAUCAAGCUGCUUUCUGUCUGA